AAAAGUGAUGAUGAUGAAAACUAUUUCGUUCGUUGUGUGUUUAGUUACGACUUGUUAUUCACACGAGCAAUGGAGUUCACAGUAUACAUAUACACAGAGCCAGGUUUCGCACGGACCAGAUAGACCGCAAAAUGAGUUCAGACAACAGUUUAACCAGCACUUUGAAGACGACUUAGACCUUCCAAUUGACCAAGUUUUUAAGGAUAUCCAUGAUUUUGAACACAGAAGUGAAUUGAGAGAUCUUCUACACGAAUUUCAAGCUUUUGAUCAGAGUAGUUUGCUGGAUCAAGCGAAUCAGUUUUUUCAAGGAAACUUCGAAAAUCCCUCGGGACAAACAUUUCAAACAUGGCCAGAUUCGACACCUGGUAAUCAAGUUUUUCAAGAAUUUAAUCUGCCAGACGCUGUGAGAAAUGAAGUAAAUGUAGAAGCCAGCGAUCGUCAAGCAGCCGCUAAUCAGAAAGCUCUCCAAGGCGCCCCUUCAUGUACAGCGACUAAUACAACUCAUAAUCCUUGCUCAAGAGAAAUUGUGGUACCAAACUUUAAGAAACCUGGUAGAAGAUUAGCAGAAAUAAAAUGCUUGGAAUACAUAUGGGAUAUAAAGAAUGAAGAAGAAAGAGAUAUCAAAACCGAAGAAUGCAUUUCUUAUCAACGAGCUUGUUUAAAUCUAACUGGUGGAAGAGGUUUCGUUGGAGGUCGUAUUACUGAGAAAGGGGAAUUUCCUCACAUGGGAGCUCUCGGUUGGAGAGCAACUGCGGGAGGUUGGGUUUUCAAAUGUGGAUCCUCCAUGAUCAGCCCGAAAUUCAUGGUUUCAGCCGCUCACUGCACAAGAGCAAGAAAAGAUUCUAAGAUCGCAAAUCCGGUCCCCGAGAUAGUUCGAAUUGGUGCUAAAAAUCUAGUGGUUGAAAAGGAUAGUUUUUACCCAAAAGAUCUAGAAAUAGCAAAGAUCAUAAAGCAUCCAAACUAUAAGUCUCCUAAGCAGUACUUCGACAUUGCUCUUAUAGAAUUGAAACAAAAUUUAAAUUUUGAUGAGCGCAUCCGACCAGCUUGUCUUUGGAGUCGGUUCAAUACAAAUACUGUUGACUCAUCAGUAACUGGUUCCGGAUGGGGAGUCACUGAAAUAGGCGGAAAAGAGACUACCACUGAAUUGAGAGCAGGUGACCUAGAUAUUAUAAACAAUAACGACUGUGACCGAUUUCUAAGACCCAUGUGCAAUCGUUUGUGGUGCGGGCUGCAGGAACAUCAGAUGUGUGCUGGCAAGUUGGCUGGAGGUGUUGAUGCUUGUCAAGGUGACUCUGGAGGACCUUUACAAGCUAAAAUAAAUUUACAUCCAGCUAUCAAAGGCAAGAUGUACUACCUGCUUGGCGUGACAUCAUUUGGGUUUGGCUGCGCACGCGCGAACACGCCUGGAGUCUACACCAGGAUAUCCAGUUUCGUGGACUGGAUAGAGCCAAUUGUGUGGCCAAAUGACUCUGCCAAUUAAAUGUAUAAAACUA